AUGCUUCAUUUUACUACCCUCGCCUUCGCGCUGCUGGCAGCGGCCGCCAGCGGCACUUCCAUCAACGACUUCCCUAAGUGCUGGCGCAACUGCGUCGAGGCCGCCGCCGACUACAAUUGCAGAGGCUGGUGGGACCUGUCAUGCAUCUGCUCCCACAGCACCCUUAACCUCCUCCCCGCAACCAUCACCUGCGCGCGCGACAAAUGCGCCAAGCCCGGCCACAACAAUGACGACGAUGAUGAUGACAGCGACACCGAGUCCUUCGACGUCCGCGCCAUCCUCCGCCCGCUCGCGGCCACCUGCAAAGCCCUCGGAGAACCAAUCCCCGCGUCCGUGAUCCGCAGCUGCGAAGUCGCGGCUACCGCGGCUCCCACCGUCAGCGCAGCAGCCCACUCCACGCCUGCGCGCAACCAGGAACGUCCCGCAGCAACCGAGACACCGCAGUCGCAUGAGGAGGACGUCAAGCAGACGACGACGAAUGGCGCGGGCCAGACGUAUGUUGUGGGUAUCCCUCUGCAGGCGUCGUCGACGGUUGUUGUAGACGAGAAGUCAUCGACGGCUGCUGUAGACGCGGAGCCAUCGACAGCGGUCGCAGUGCGUCCGUCUUCGAUUGUCACGCAGCUGGUCACGCGCUCUGUCAUCCCCGUGCCUGUCUCUUCAGGGGCUGCGGCGUCUGCGUCGUUGACGGCGACGGGCGCACGAACAACAACUAGCAGUCUGGGACCGCAGGUUACCAACGGCGGGACUUUGUUUGAUCAACAAGGCGGCGCGAGCGUUGCUGUGGCAGGAUACGGGAAGGCUCUCCUGUUUGGGGGAGUUGGGCUUUUUGUAGUGGUCAUGUGA